UCUGCAAAACUGAUGAGACCCUCAUUUGCCAGGUCUGUGAUAGAUCCAAAACUCACCGAGGUCACGCAGUCGUUCACACAGAAGAAGCUGCUGCAGAUUACAAGGAGACGCUGCUGAAGCAUCUUGAAAAUCUGAAGAAAGAAAGAAACAAGAUUCAGUCAGCUAAAUCAAAUGGAGAAAAGCCAAGCCAGGAGUUAUUGAAGGAGACACAAGCCAAGAGACAGGAGAUUGUGUCUGGAUUCCAACAACAGCGGCAGUUUAUGGAACAACAAGAGCAACUCCAGCUGUCCAAGCUGAGGGGCCUAGAAAAGGAGAUUGAGAGGAAAAGAGAUGAUUAUGCCAGCAAGUUUGUGGAUGAACUGUCUGGCAUCACUGCUCUGAUUGGCGAUGUGGAAAAGAAGGAGAAGCAGCCAACAAAUGAAUUCCUGCAGGAUAUUGGAAGCAUAUUGGACAGAUGUAAGAAGGGGAAAUUUCAUUAUCCAGCUGUACCUGAUUCUUCAGAUAUGAGGAAAAGGCUCAAUCAGUUCUGUCAAGAGAGCACAUCUCUGCAGAGUUCUUUGAAGAAAUUCAGAGAGAACAUGUUGAAACCAAAAUGGAUCAAAGAAAAUGUGUUGCUGGAUCCAGAAACAGCCCAUCCCCGAUACGUUGUGUCUGCAGAUCAGAAGACUUUAAAAUGGGGGGAUGUCCGUCAGCAAUACGAAAAGAGAUUUGAGUGUGUUCGCUGUGUUCUUGGCUGUGAGGGGUUCACUUCAGGAAAACAUUAUUGGACUGUGGAUGUAGGAGAUGGAGAUUAUUGGGCUGUGGGAGUGGCCAAAGAAUCUGUGGAGCGGGAGGAGGAAAUUACUCUUGAACCUGAUGAGGGAAUCUGGGCAAUUGGGCUUUACAACGAUCAGUACAAAGCUCUGACCUCACCUCCUACUGUGCUAGAAGUAGAGGAUGAGCCAACAGAGAUCCAGGUUUCUUUGAACUACGAAGGCGGGACAGUUAAUUUUUAUGAUGCUGAAGAUAAGACCCGUCUCUACACAUUUCAGUCGGUUGAUUUUGAAGGGGAAGAAAUUUUCCCUUUUUUCCGGAUUGUUGAUUCAUCAACUGUCCUGAAGUUGUGCUCUUAAAAGACAGGCUAGUGCUCUGCCGUGGUUGAGAGUGGCAGAUGCUGCAAUGCGAGGGAUCAAGCUGAAUGUGAAAUUAGGGGGUAUUCUUUUUAGUCUACUUACCUUUGAAGGAAAAAAAGAAUGUGACGUUCAUAUAG